AGAGUGCAACACCCGAAAACCCCAACUCUAAAACACUCUUUCAGCCGCCACCUUAAUCCCGGGCAUCCCAGCCGCCGCCGGCCUGCUGCUGUGAACAACCGCUGCCGCCACCUCCGUUCCUUGCUGCACCUAACCGCCGACCAUCGCGGCUACCUUCCCUUCCGGAGAGAAUGAGUGGCCACCGUGAGUGCGUCCGCUGCCACCAUUCCUCCAUCUUCUUCUUCUUCUUUCUGUCGCCAUCUGCAACCGCAACACGGCAGUUGUCGGUGCUGCUCCGACUGCCCCUCGCCUUCUUUCUGUCCUGCAGAAGCUAGCUGCCGCCGCCGCCGCUCGUACGGCCCUCCCAUCCACUAUCCGCUGCUCCGGUCGUCGUACCACCCCCGAAGAGGAAGAAACCAAAAGUUAUGUAUCUAGCUUUAUCGUAGCUUUCACGUCAUAACACACUUCUAUCUGCAUCUGUCUAUGAGUCAGUUCAAAAGGAUUUGGAUUACGCACAACACAAACACUCCAGUCUCCAUUAUGUGCAACAACGAUUGCGGCUUUUGCGAUAAUGACAAGACAGAAUUGACCUGGCUUAAUAACUAUGGAGUUGGAAAUGAAUUGGGAGUUGAAAAUAGUUUAUUUCAGGAAACAAAUUGGUGUGCUUUAGAAUACCAACUAUACAGACAAGGUUCACAAAUUCAUCCCUAUAAUCAAACACACCUUCAAUCUUACAAGUUGAUCAAGAUGCCUCAAGUGAAGAUUAUAGCUAAGAAUUUCAUGGACAUGGUGUCCUCCUUACCUGCCAUGAAGCUCGACAAGCUAUACGAGAAUGCCUUCAUUUGUGAAGCUAUUCUCAGGUCUUUGCCACCAUUGGCCAAAAAGUAUGUUCUCCAGUUGUUGUACAUAGAUGUGCCUGUGUCAGCCAGUUCAUUGCAAGAAUGGGUUCUUGUUGAUGGUGCUUCAAAGCAUAGAGUUGUUGUUGAUAGACUCAUUCAAUUGAGAGUAUUUACUGAACCUGUUGAUAGGAAGAAGGAAGCCACUUACAGGUUAAACCUGAUGUUUCAGAUGAACCUUCGGAAGCAUGUUGUUCAUGGUUGUGUGUUACCAAGAGAACCUAUGGCUGCAAAUAUAACAGUAAGACUCCCAAGCUUAGAGGAGUUAGACAACUAUGCUGCUCAACAAUGGGAGUGUUUCUUGCUGCAUCUCAUAAACUCUGCUGAAGUUGAGGUUACAACAAAGAGCAUCAUGAUGGUUCCUUCCAUGAUGAAAGUCUCCCAACGAGGCCUUUUAAGUCAAAGGGACAAUGAAGGUUCUCGGCUCACAGAAAGUGGUUUUCAUUUCCUGCUAAUGGAUACCAAUGCACAACUCUGGUAUAUCAUCAGGGAGUAUAUCAGUAAUUCUGAGGACAGAGGAGUGGACUCUGCAGAUCUGAUCUCAUUUCUGCUAGAACUUAGCUUUCAUGUUACUGGCGAGAUUCCAAAUAUACCGGGCAGGGGAGCUUUACAAACAUAAAUCAUGGCUUUUAAGGGCUUUACAUCUUAUAAUUGGUGGAAGGUUUUGAUGGGGAGGCUUUUGGAAGGUAUUUAAUGAAUAUUUUAAUUACAGGUUUGGGGGAAGAAUGAAUAUACAGAUGUCGAGCUUGAUAGGGUGCGUGAAAAAUGGGAUACUUAUGUCAUAAACUUAAUUUACGAGUGAUGUAUUUGACAAUUACUUUUUGAUGAAUUUGGAACGUAUUUUUGAAUUUGACACUAUAGUUUGUGUAAUUUAAACAAUAAAUUUGUA